AUCGAUUUCUUCACAAUCACCAUUACAUCUCCCAUAUCAAUACACCCUUUGAUUAUAUUUCACAAAAAAAAAACACUUUUAGAUUUAUUUUUUAUAUAUUCUUUUGGUUGAAAUGGAGGGUUACUUGAGGAAAUGGUGUUGGUGUGUAGUGUUUUUAGGGUUAAUGUUGGGUUCUAGAGUAAACGGAGAGCCUCAAGUUCCAUGUUACUUCAUCUUCGGAGACUCCUUGGUAGACAAUGGGAACAACAAUCAGCUCUCUUCUCUUGCAAGAGCCGAUUACUUGCCCUACGGCAUCGAUUUCCCCGGCGGCCCCACCGGACGUUUCUCCAACGGCCAAACCACCGUCGAUGUCAUCGCUGAACUACUUGGAUUUGACGACUAUAUCCCUCCGUACAGUGGUGUGAAUGGUCAAGAAAUACUCACCGGAGUGAACUACGCUUCUGCGGCGGCUGGGAUCAGAGAAGAAUCAGGACAGCAACUGGGACAAAGGAUAACGUUUAGCGGGCAAGUGCAGAAUUACCAGAACACGGUGGCACAGGUGGUGAAUCUGCUCGGGGACGAGAACACUGCGGCCGAUUAUCUCAGGAAAUGCAUUUACUCGAUCGGAUUAGGAAGCAACGAUUACCUUAACAAUUACUUCAUGCCCACGUUUUACUCCUCGAGCAGACAGUUCACUCCUGAACAGUACGCCGAUGAUCUCAUCGAUCGGUACAGCCAGCAGCUAAACGCACUAUACAACUACGGGGCAAGGAAAUUCGCGUUGAUAGGGGUCGGGGCCAUAGGUUGCAGCCCGAACAAGUUGGCUAAUAGUCCCGACGGCACGACUUGCGACGACGAAAUCAAUUCGGCCAACCAGAUAUUCAACAACAAGCUCCGAUCCCUCGUGGACCGACUCAACAACGAGCUCUCCGAUGCCAAAUUCACAUUCGUAAACGCUUACGGCAUUUUCCAAGACUUGAUUAACAACCCCUCUGCCUACGGUUUUAGCGUAACGAACGCCGGGUGCUGCGGGGUAGGGAGGAACAAUGGUCAGAUAACUUGUCUGCCGGGACAGAAUCCCUGUCCGAACCGGAAAGAAUACGUUUUCUGGGACGCGUUUCAUCCAACCGAGGCCGCCAACGCUAUCAUCGGUCAGAGAUCGUACCGAGCUCAGUCGUAUUCCGAUGUUUAUCCGAUCGAUAUCUCAAGAUUGGCGCAACUUUGAAAAACAUAUACAAAGUCUAUAAUUCAUGCGAGAGAACACCUGCUUUUCUUCUUCUUAUAGAUGAUUGUAUUAGGACCGUAUUCCGGUUAAAUGUUAUAGUUGAUUUGUUGUAUUGGACCGUCGAAAACAUAUUGUGUAAAAUCCGAUUCGAGCGAUCGAUCGAUAUAAUGGUUAAUUAUGUUCAAUUGAAAUGUGCGUUAUAGGUUCA